GUGCACUCUAUCGAGUUUUCACUGAGACACUUGCGAAAGGAAAUGCUAAUAAGGGUGGUAACCGCACAAUGGAGUCAACACUCACCAAUACCAGCACGAGGUACACAUAUGCGUUGCCAUUGUGUGGGAGUCGCACGGAAAAGCUGGCUCUCUGAAGUAUCCUUUUGGCCGUGUCGGUGUGUCGGCGGUGCGACGGGCUGCUUACUGCCUUUACUAUGCUUCGCCAUGCUUGAGGAUGGAAAAUUCAAAUCAGUCUACAGAAAACGCGUCCGUGAACAGAAGUGGCCGUGUAAGGCUACACUUUGCGCGUGUAAUUUUUGUCGGUAUGAUAAAUAAGUGAUACACCCUGUAAAAGUUCUGUAAGUUUGGAAAUUAACUGCCAGCAAAUAGAGCAGAGGCUCUUGUUCUUCUUCUUCUUCUAUACUUUAAUAUUUUUUUCUGCUCUCUAUGUAUUUUGGUUCUAAUCUGAAUGUUGUUGGUGUGUUUCUAUAUAUAUUUUUUAAACUAAAAACAAAAACAUCAAUAAAAUAAUAAAUAAAAAGGUAAUUUUUAAUGCAAAUAAAAACUAAAACAACACUAAACUAACGGGAAACAGUAUAAUGAUAAAGUGAUAAGAAAAGAUAAAUGACGAAAAAGUGUUGAGCGUUCACGUAAAACAGAGAAAAAAAGAAACAAAAAGGGAAAACGAAAAAUUUCUUGCAGUGUGUGUAAGCUCAUGAAGUGAAUGGCAAACAAAGGAUAAUCGAAUUCGCAAAUAAUGCACACUCCCACAUACUUACAUACAUACGUAUGUACAUCAUAUGAAUUUGGGCAUGUGUGCGUGCCAUAGUGGAAUUACAGUAAGACCGUCUCGAACACUUGGUCAAUUGUGAAGUGAAUAUGCAAACGAGUUGAACUUUCAAGUGCUUCCAAGCGAAAACUACUCUUCCAACAUUCAUAUCGAAUGAGAACCACACAGGUGCCGCGACAUCACACUAAACGUAAAACUAAUCAGCACAAUAGUCUCAUUGAUGUUGGCGUUUAGAAGGAAAGGCGAAUUCCUGCGAAUAUCACUGUCGCCAGGCAGUGCAAAUCCGAGCGCCAGCAGCAACAACGCAAACAAUAUUUUUAAUACGAAUUUUCUACAGCAAACACAAAUAAAAGAUUUAAGCAUUUAGCCAAAGACAUUUAAUAACAAAAAUGGCCGCGUCUAUUUAUGCCACCCCACCGCCAGACUUAAGCAGCGAGGACACUGCACUUUCAGACGUCUCCAAUGCAUCCUCGCUAAAUAAUCGCAGCAGCAGCAAUAGUAAUAGUAAUGUAACUACCAACAACAACAACAACACAAGUUGUAACAACACUACCACAAACAACAACAACACAACAAAUUCGAACCCAGUAGCGAAUACACAGAAGCGCUCCAUCAAUGAAGUUCUAGCAAGCAGUGCGAGCCAAGCGAGCCCAUCCAACCCACACACGCCGAAACAGAGUAGAAGCGUGUCCCCAAAAACCUCUAAUAGCGGAAGCGUUACAAGUGCCGCAAUUACACUGGAGGAGCCCGUUGAUAGUACAAUACGAGAUGAGGGGACAACAGAAGAUGACGCCGACAUGUCAACGACACCACUCGCCGAUGAUGGCGCAGCGGCUGCAAUGGCAGCUAUGACGGCCGCCGCUAAUGCAGCAGCCAUGCAACUGCAAUUCUUGGAGGCAAUAAACGAUGCUGCGAAAAAACGACGCAAGCAGAAUAAUCCCAGUAGGGUUGGCGCACAGGCGGCAGCUGCAGCGGCGGCGGCACUAAGUUUAAAUGAGGGCAGUAACGGCGCACUAAUCAAUGCGGCUGCAGAAGCCAUAAUGGCAGAUAAGAACCAAUUCGGAGCAGGCAGCAUGACACCGACCACACUGCCAAUCGAUUACGACGACAAGUUGUCGAAAAUGUUUUUACCAAAAUCAAUAGAGCAGUUAAAGGAAACGUUUGAAUUGCUGCAACAAAAGCAGCAACGUUUCGGAAACAUAUCACCAGACACUGGAGCGGCUGGGCCUGAAGAAAGUUUUUCCUCACCACAGUUGGUAAAACCUAAAACAGAGAUCGUCUCGGAAAUGAAAACAAGAAGUAAUGAGCUAGUAAGCGACGAAUGCUCACCGAAGUCACACCAACUAGGAGAAGAGCUGACAAAUCCUUAUCAGACUUUUUGCAAAACAUGUGGCGAAAACUUCGAAACCGAAUUUAAACUGGGAUUGCAUAUGUUACAAGAACAUCAGAAUGAUGAAACCGAAUAUGAGAAUACUAACCGUGGCGAAGAUGAGGGCCAACAAAAGGCAGAACUCAUACCAUACGACAUGCUGUCCUCAGUAAAUGUUAAAAUGGAACGUCCUGACUAUGAGGGUUCCACCUCACCGCCCGCUGUCAGCACAGCCGGAAAUCAAAUUGAAAACCAUGGUGCAAACCUUCUAUCUAACGGCAAAGAGCCAUGGCUCAACACUAUGCCGGGAAUGGGAUUUCCUUUUCCGCCAGAGGCUGCAGCUGCAGCAGCACUCUCCGCCGGCGGCUAUUUGCCCUUAUUAGGUAUGCCCGGUUUUCCCACGGUUGAUGGAAUGAAUCGUCCGCCGAUUCGUAUAUUCAAUCCUGAAGCCUAUUGCGAUCUUUGCAAUAAGGAGUUCUGCAACAAAUAUUUCCUCAAGACACAUAGAGCCAACAAGCAUGGCAUUUACGAUCCAGCUGGUUCUGCUGGUGGCGAGGGUGGAGCCAAUACCACCAGCGGAAAUAUGAGUGCCAUGACUCAAAUGUUGCAGCUACAAAUGCAACAACAGCAACAACAACAAUCCAUGCAACAUUUACAACAGAAACAGCAAAUGGCGUUGGAAGAAGCACAGAAACAACAAAUUAAUUCACAACAAGCCAACAACGGAGCAUCGUCUCAACAACUGACUCCACCUGCACCGCCGCCUGUGUACUGCGACGUUUGCUCAAAACGUUUCACCAAUGUAUUCGCUAUGCGCCGUCAUCGCGCCAAAGCACACGAUCAGCAGCGCAGAAGCCCCGGCGAAUCAGCAAUUCCCACACCGCCGCCACUGCAGUCAAGCGUGCCAACAUCGAAAUCGGACACACCGACCCCAGUUGCUCAAAAUGAAUCGAAACAUGAUUUGUCUAAAAUAAGUUCACCAACAGAUUCCGAAGCUAAGCAAUUUCAAAUGCCCGAUGGCUUCCGACAGGAUUUCACUCUUGAACAAGAAGAAGUGUCUUUCACACCACAACCGCGAAAGCUUUCGCCACAAUCGCAACAGCAGGCACGCGAAGCCAAUUUCUCACACGAUAAAUUGCGUCGUUUGGGUGUGGUGAAUCCGGAAGCAUUUUGUGAAAUCUGUUGCAAGGAAUAUUGCAACAAGUACUUCCUGCGUACACAUAAAUGGAAGCGGCACGGCAUAUUCGUACCUCCAGAUGAUCUUAAAGACGAACAGCUUCAGCUUGCUCAAAAGAUGGCAUGGCCUUUUAUGGGUCUACCGGGUAUGCCGUUAAAUUUGAUGAUGGCCAAUGACAAAGCGCUCAUGGCUCAACGCAUGUUCGCCGCCGCCACUUCCUCCGUUUCCACUGCGUCCCAUAUUGGCGCCGACGAUGGUCCUCAGCAUGUAGCUAAACGCAUUAAGCUUGAACAAGACGAUGAAGAGGUUUCAAAAGCAAAUGAUGAAAACCAGGAAAACAAAUGUUUAUCCGGUCGUCAGUCUGCUGAACAAACACAACAACAAACGGGUUCGCACAGUGUGGCUUCUACUCCAGAACCGCAAAAGAUUUUAGCGGAAUCCUAUAAUUCGGGUGCCAAUAUGCCAACUAGUCCUGAGACCGCUGUUGGCCUGCAAAAUCUACAAAAACUGCAAUCUAUGAUACAACAACUAAACGACUUGAAUGGCAAACGUACGAUGGGCUGUCACAUCUGUGGCCGCGACAUGGAGAACCAAUAUGCACUACAAGUUCAUAUGAUGACCGACCAUGCCGGCCUGUUGGAAGGUAGCGGCACACUACCACUUAACUUUCAGCAGCAUCUCUUCCAGCAACAGCAACAAAUGCAAGCACAGCAGCAACAACAAGUGCUCAAGCAUUCGCCCUCAGGUUCCCCUGGCGUUAUACCAUCGCUCAGCGAAAUGCGCUGCAAUCAGUGCGAUCGUGACUUUGCCAACAUACAAGAAUUCAAACAACAUAUCGCCGAAGUUCAUCUAUUACCCGGAAGUCCACUGCGGGACGGUUUUGCCACACCCGAGCGUCCCAUAAACCCGAACGCUGCAUCUAUGGGCUCACGUCCACCCUACACCAUAACGCCGACUAGCAGCUAUUGCGAAAUUUGCAACAAAGAACUGUGCAACAAAUAUUUCAUGAAGACACAUAUGCAACGUAUGCACGGCAUUGAAAUCGAGAACGGCGCACAAAUCGGUGGCGUUGUCUGCAACAUUUGCAACAAGGAGCUCUGCAGCAAAUACUUUUUGCGUGUACACAAACAAAACACGCACGGCAUUGUCGACGAGAGCGCCCCAUUGCCACAACCUCGGCAAAAUGGGCUGAGCUUUGAUUCGCAACCACAACAACAACAGCAACUAUCAUCCGCAGAAACCGAUCUCAACCGCGGUCUCAACCUGAGUCCCUUCGGUAGCGGCAAUUCCGGUGACUCCAAAUCGGAUUACUCCAACUACACAGAGGUUUGUGUGAUUUGUACACGUCGAUUCCGCAGCGCAAAGUGGCUGCGUGCACAUUUGCAAAGCGACCAUGGCACAGCAGGUAUCGACAAACUGCGCGAACUGGAACAACAAUACGGUCCUUUAAGCAAGUCCUCCAGCCCUACGCUCAAAAUUCCAAAUGGCUCAGCUAAUACAGGUUCGAAUGCAAACAAUAUGAAUACUGCCACUGGAACAUUGUCAAACCCAGCGAAUCUUGCUCAAGCAUUGCAAAACCUCAAUGCACAGCAUCUGCUCGGUAACAUGCCCAAGAAUAUCUUGCCAGGCAUGUUUGGAGCGGCAACAGAACAAUCGCACUCUACACCACGUUUGCAAGAAUACCAAUGUUCCAUUUGUCCCUUCACCACUCCAUACUAUGCAUUCCUCUUCAUACACGAACGUUCGCACACGCUGCUCGGUGGUGCUGGAGAUUUGAACGCAACUGCCUCAGCGCAAUUAAUACCCGGUAGUGGCAUUAAAGACGAAACAAACAACAGUAGUGAGACCAAAUCGAAGUCAGACUCCACCAAUACAGCAGUGACGGACAAGCCCACUUUACUGUCAAUAGCACAGACCAAUAGCAUGACAAUGAUGGAAUGCGGACGCAUCGAACCUACUAAUCUGUCUACACGAUCAAGCACACCAUCUGGCAGCGCAAGUAAAUCAAAAUCAACUAAAGAGAAUCAGGCACAACGCAACUCCAAGCAAAUAGAAGCAAAGGAGGCCCGCAAGGAGGUUGUAACUACCAAGUCCUUCGCGCACAUCAAGUUGGAGAAAACACGCACAAUUGCGACCUCACCCAUAUCCCCAGCCACCACUAACAGCUUCGCGCAGGUCGCGCUCAAUGAUUUAGCUGAAAAAUGUGGAAAGGUGGCAUCAUAUGCGGUGCCGAAGGACGUGACAGGCGACGGUCUGGAGGAUGGUGAACCGCAAAUGCAAGCUUUUGUGUUGGAAAUCCAGCGUGAGCGUGAAAUGGACACGGAGACGGAGGCUGCCAGCGCUGCAGGUAGUGCUGAGGAGUCCAGUAACAGGUUUGUGCCAGCUAUAGUUUAUUUGCCCGUUAGAAAACGCAUCUCAGGGCCUGUAACGGUGUCCUUCAACUUGACACCAGCCUAGAGCGCUGGAGCUUAAGACUAAGGCGCGUAACUUGAGCAAAUUGUUGCCAGAUUGUUGUGCAGAAAAUCUGCCAGAAAAAGUUUUAUCCAUUCUUGAACUAAUCACGUUUAGUUUAUCAAUGUUUCCGGCGUCAAAAAGGCUGAGUGCGCUUUUGAUUGAGAAUUACUCGAAGAAAUUGAAACGACAAGUUUUAUAAUUAAUUUUCGCAUUAAAAUUGCUUGAAAUCAGUUGAAUUAUAUACAUAUGUAUACAAAAGUCUGGCAACAUUGGGCACAAGUGAGUCGGGCUUAGCACUAAGCAUUCGGUGAUGACAAAAAUCAAAAGUUCCUAAAAUAAAAUCAAAAUUUGUUUAUAGAAAUUAACGAAAAUUUAGCGGAAAUGCAAAUUCUAUACGUACAUACAUACAUAAUUAAGUCGAGGUUCUGCAACUUUAGCAAGCACAACACAGUCACUGUUGCAGUCUAGGUAAAUUUACACAUAAAUACAUAUAUACAUACAGGAAUGCAUACGAACAUAGGCGUGUGAAGAAACAAGUUUAGUGUGUGAGACAUGAUUCGGUGAGCCGAAAGUGUCUGUUAUAUUAAACAAAAAUUUAGAACUAUGCUUAAGUAUGUAGUUUUGAAAUUAAGAACUCCCACAUAACAGUUACUUACAAACAUACAUACUUAUACAUAAAUAUAUAUACAUAUGCAUGAAAUCCACAAAGGGAAAGGCUUUGCUCAAAAACAAAAAAGUUUCAGUCAAACUAUGGAAAUAAUGAAUUUACUCUUAAUAAUAUUAACAACUAGUUACAAAAUAUUAGUUAUCGAUCGAAGCUUAAAAACACUUGGUAUAAGAUAGUAGCGUAACACAAGUACAUACAUACAAGCAGACAACAACAAUGAAUACGUACAUACCAUACAUAUUUGCCAAACGUACCAUAUUCGAUAACAGUACUUGCACAAGUACUUAGUAUAUAAUAUAAAUACACAUAUACUAGUAUAUACACUGUAUAUACACUUUUCCACACAAAUACAAUUGCACAUACACACAUACGAGUAAAUAAGAUAAAUCAAAACAGGACAAGAACGUUUUCUCAGGGCAAAAGUACAAUUUACUUGGUACUUUCCAUUAAAAAUUAACAAAUAAUUUUUACUUAAAAGAGUAGUAGUAAUUAAAUAUAUAAAAUAUAUAUAUAGAUAUAUAAAGUAAUAAAAACACAAACGAACACAACUGCGAAAAGUGUGGCGGUUUGAGAAAAGUUGAGUUAAAAGCGCGUAGAAAAAAAUAUUAAAUACCGCAUGACUACCUCAUAUAACUAAUAACAAUAAAAUUGCCAGGUAAAAAACUUCAAGCCAUUCAUUUGAGCAGACUUUUAGUAGAAAUUACCUCAAAGUAGAAAAAUCAAACGAAUUGCGAACGUUUUCAUUCAUUGAAGGAUCACUGGGAUCGUCGGAAGUUGUAUGUGCUUAUGUAAUUGUCGUAUUUAAAUUUAAUUUUUACUAAAUUUUAAAUUUUAUCAAAAUAAUUUACUUUGUACUGGAAAACAAAGAAACGAAAAAUAUACCAAAACUCACAUACAAUUUACAAAUAAGCCGGUCUACAAGGGAAGUAAAAAGUUGGGCUCGUACACGUCGCCAUACUAAUUAUAUACCGUUAUUAGAUAAUGACAGCAAUUUUAUACUGCAAAUAUUGCGUAGUCGAAAAAGUCUUUUCGUAUUCUGUCAAUGGAUGUGAAUGAAGAAAUUCGCUAUAUUUUUAAAUUUUUGUAUAAAAAAGGAAAAAUGCCGCGCAAGCCACCAAUGAAAUUUGUUUAUUCUGUGAAGUAAAUUGUACUUUGUAUUGUGACGAUGCUGUAUCAGUUCGUGUAGCACAAAAAUGGUUCGCUCGCUUCCGUUCAAGAAAUUUCGAUGUGAAAGAUGCACCUCGUUCUGGUCGAUCUAUCGUUGAAAAAGUCUAUGGAAUUAUGAAAAAGAUUGGCCAGGACCAUCACAUAAGCAGCCAUGACAUCGCUAGGGAACUUAACAUUCAUCAUCAAACAGUUUUGAAGCAUUUAAAAAAGGCUGGCUACAAAAAAAGGGAACCACAUCAAUUGUCUGUGAAAAAUUUAUUGGACCGAACUUAAAAUCUGCAAUUCUUUGCUGAAACGAAAUGAAAUCGAAUCAUUUCUAAAGCGAAUGAUAACAGGAGACGAAAAGUGGAUCAAGUAUGACAAUAAUGUGCGAAAACGUUCAUAUUCUAUGCGUGGUGAAGCUCAACAAAUGGUCACAAAGCCAAAGUUGAUGUCUCGAAAGGUUAUGCUGAAUGUUUGGUGGGAUUGGAAAGCAAUCAUCAACUAUGGGCUGCUCCAGCCUGGCCGAAAGAUUGAUUCUACGUUUUACCGUCAACAACUGAUGAGGUUGAAGCAAGCAAUCAUAAAAACGGCCAGAACUGAUCAACAGAUAGGGCUUCGACUUCCAUCAGGACAACGCUAGACCACACACAUCUUUGAUGAUUCGGCAUAAACUAGGAGAGCUUGGCUGGGAAGUUUUGAUGCAUCCACCCUGACCUUGAACCAUCGGACUAUCAUUUGUUUCAGUCAAUGCAGAGCUCCCUAAAUGAAGUAAAGUUAGCUUCAAGAAAAGCCUGUGAAAUUGACUUGUCGCAGUUUUUCGUCGAGAAACCAGAAAAGUUUUACACUGAUGGAAUAAUAUGUCUAACGGAAAAAUGGCAAAAAUCGUUGACCAAAAUGGUACAUAUUUGGUUCAUUAAAGUUCAUUAUAAAUAUAAAAAAAAUAAGUUUAAGUUUGAUUAGAAAUAUGAAAAGACUUUUUGGACUACCCAAUAGAAACGAGUUAAAUAAAACAGUCCACACAAUUAAGAAAAUUCCAGGGUAAGGCCUACGCUCUGCCUUGAAAUAUUAUGACAUUAAAAACAUAAUGAUUUUGAGAACAUUUUCAACCUAAUAUAUAAACCGAAUAGAACUUUGGAUAACGGUACGAGCCCAGUUUAGUCUAGUCAACGUAUUUUAUACAAACAGUCUUGCUGAUAGCUUAAAGCUUAGUAGACUUUAGCCAUACGCCUCAAGAAAAAGUCAAAAGUAUAUAACAAUAGGUUAGCCAUACAAACAUAUAACGGUAGAGUUGCGACUUUCAUUGUUGCGAGCGCAUGUCACUGUAUAUUAAUUUUUUAGCAUUUAAGGUGAAUUUGCGAUGUGCACCCGCAGCAAUGAAGUGUUGCGGCUUACAAUAAUAAAAAUUAAACUACAAAACUUAAGUAAAUAAAGAAAUAAUUUAGCGAAAACUGAAAAUAACCGAAACAAACACAAACAUACAUAUACGAAUGUAUGUGAAUCGAACAGUACAACGGCAGUUGCUAUUUUUGUGAAUUUUUUUAAGUAUUUUAAAAAGCUGCGUGCCUUUUAGCGAUUGCCGAUUCUUACUGCUUUUACUUAAAUUUGGUCAAAAAAUAUUUAAUUUAUGUAAUUAUUUAAUAAAAAAAAUAUUUGUAAGAAAUUAAAUUAAUUUAUGAUUUUAAUUUCAAUUCUAGAUUAUUGUUUCAAUUGUAUAAUUGUAGCUAUAAAAAAUGCAUAAGCCAAAUAAAUUUAUUCGUUAAAAUUAUUUUCGUUGUUUUUUUCUUUAAUUUUUUAUACACACUUUUUCAGCAUAUUUUUAUUAACUUUUGUGUUAAAAGUUGCAAAAUAAAAGGUUAAUUUAAAACUAUUUUUAAUUCUUCUUACGCUUCUAUGCAUACACACACCCUUUCAUUUCAUUUCACAUAUUUUUGUUGCUAAUUUAAGAACCCGUAGAGCGCAUUAUUACAUAAUCAAAACAAAUACAAACAUACCUAAGAAGUAAGCUCUUUACCCUAGAAUGGUGUUAAUUCGGUAUUUGCUUUGUAGACGCGUGUUAAACACACUUUCCCAAGCAUCAAUUUCACAAUUCCUUAGCUAAACAACUCGCUCCAUUGCCCAAUAUCCCCUACCUUCGCACUUUCAAUUGUUUUUUUUAUUUCCGUUUUUUAAGUAACCCUCCAGCUGACUUUAGGACAUUCCAUCGAUACCCUACUGGGCAAAUACUCGUGCUAUUUAAACUCAGCGUCAGCAAACUCGCUCCCCUCCCUCUUUUGCAAAGACUAGCGCAAGCCGACGGGUAUUGAUUUCCACUAAAAAACAAACAAUUGCACAUAUAUAUUUCUUAUCCCAAUAAAUUGUGUGUUAUCUACGACAUUUGUAUGAUUAUUGUCACCCGAUAGCAAUGGGGCAUUCAAGACGGUUAGGGAAGCGCUCAGACACACGCACGCUAUACUUUCCUUUCAUAUAGCCUUAAAAAAUGUAUAAGUAGGCAAGCAGCCUUGAUGUGUAAGUUUUUUAACAAUAGAAUACUGUUUUCAAGAUAAGUAACAUAAUCAACACUCAUUUGCCGCUGAGCAAGUUGACAGUUUUAUUGAUUUCUGACUUUGCAACAUGCAUUAGGGCGUAUUUUAAUUAAGAGACGGUACUGUAUGAGGCAAUUUCAGCAUGUGUGAGAAGAUUCUCAUGUGAGGCAGAAGACAAUUUUUAUUGGAUUAUAUUUUAAUUGAUUUCAGUGACAAUUUGUGCCCUUAGAAAUCGGGCUAUCCGGCUAUUCAUGCUCCAUACAAUGGUUAUUAGAAAAGUGCUUGCAGUUUAUAAUUUGCAAUGGGUUAUUGUCUCUUAAUUGAGUUCACAUUAGAGUUCGUAAUUGAUUGGAAAUUGUUCAUGGUUUAUGUUUAAGGUCUAAAUUGUAAAUUAAUCAUUUGAUGCUAUUUGAUUUUUUAUUUCUUCAAAGCGCUUUGAUAAAAGAUUAUAUGUACAUUAUUUUGAGUAGUUGUACUAUAAACUGAAUGCCUGAAGAUAAUGACGAGCUUGGGCAUUGUAGAAAUUAGUAAUGUUUGCUAAAAUUUAAUUGUAAGCUAUUUUGAUUAAAAUCGUCUGCUUAAGGCUUAGACGGAUAUAUGUUGUGGCAGAAAAUCUGGUUCCUUAAAAUAUAUGCAAGUACUUCUUCUUCUUCUUUACUGGAGUAAAUACCGCUUACUCGGUUAUAGCCUAGUUAACAACAGUCGAUUUUUUGCAAUAUGGCACCAAUUGGAGAUUCCAAGUGAAGAAUAAAAAGUGAAGAGAGCACAACCCUGGAGUGGGAUGGUUCGCCUUUCCACUUUAGCACGCCUUCAGACGAAUGUUCUUUAGCUAUCUAGAGUGUAUUUGGUCUAAGACCGGAAGUCGUGAACUACUUGAGUCAUAUGUAAAAGAAUCGUUUCUGACCACUCACAAGUAAAUGGCAAUCAGAGAACUUUCCUCACUUGAACUUCUACACAUGACUCCAUCUUUCUUGAUGCAAAUAAUUUAAGGGAAAAUUUCCAUUUUAUUGAUUUUUUUAUUAUAAAUUAUAAAUUAUAUUCUUAUUGUCAAAGAGAUAUGCAAGUCAUAUUUGGUCUUUUAAAAAAAAAUUUCAUUUAUUUAAAACAAAAAGAGAUUCUUCUUUUAGUUAAGCAGACACGAAUUGUGCCCAUACGCCGAAAAGUAGGCAUUAUUUUUCGUACCGAAGAUUUAUAGGGAGAGAUAAUCAAGAAUUUCAGUUUAAUAACUUUGGAAAACAAAUUUAGCCGCAUUCAAAAAGUAAUAAUUUUACUUUGUGACUCUCAAGUCCCCAAGUAUUUAUAAUAAAUUUGUAUAGCAACAAGAAAGCCGGUAAUUCGAAUGAAGAAACAUUUUUGCUAACUGUAAGUUUUUCAUUAAAGAAAUUCUUCAAAGUAGUUGUCAAUCUAUCCAGCUUAGAGGUAGUGAAAUUGGAAUGAACAAAGAGUACAUAAGCUCAGAUCACAGAUAAUCAUUAUAACUACGCCCAUUUGUACUUACCAU